AUGGCCAUGGCGCUCUCAUCUAGCGUCGUCGCCGCAGAUGAUGUCCUUAUCACCUAUACUUCCGACGGAGUUGAUCAUGACCAAGUAGUACCGUUUGAUACACUUGUUCCCUUGUAUUACCCAGGCUGGAUCACCACUUUCCAGACAACUAACGAUUGUCUCCUCAACGUGUUCCCACUCGACAAAUCUAUCUACGUCAGCCCGGGUGCUCAUGCCUAUAACCCAGGGUUUGAUGCCAGAGAUAUCGAAUGCACAAUCCUACCGCCAUGA